CAAGACCGAGCGCGCGACCGGAGCGACGUAACUGGACGUAACCCCGAACCUCGAAAUUUACCUAACAUAACCUAUUUCAUUCAAGUACAGAUAGUGGACCUUUUAAAUUUGUGAAUCGUUUUCAAUUUAUUAAAAUUGAAGACUUUUUUAUUUUUAUGAAACGAACAAGCUUAUACCAUUCAUUUACUGAACAAUCUUGAAUUCUCAGGAUUUAAACUCUGUGCAGACUAAAAUGAGCCGCCUCAAUAUUUCACCUAAAAUUGGUGGAAGCUUACCAGUCAAUACGAAACUGGUGGAGCCAGUCACUGCAAUGAAAUGGAACAUAGCAGCAACGAUAGCAGCAUUUUGCAUUGAAUAUUUGCCACAAACAUUCUUGGCCACACCUUGGAAAAAAUUUGUUCAGCUCCAUAAAUAUGAUAAAGAGGUACCCGUUCCUGAAAAGUUACAACUGAUGUUUACUCAAGUGCAAGAUGACUUAAAAGUCUUUGAGGCAUACCGUGAGCAAUUGCAUCCAUUUAUGACAGUUGGCUUUGACAUAUAUCACAUUGGUUAUACGUUUUUUAAAUUCGGUUCUUACAUUGGUAUACCUAUCAAUUUCACCUAUAAAAGAAUAGGAGAAAUAAAUACAAAUCGUGUUUCUGUAAAUUCUGAAGUACUAGAUAUAAACCAUCCAAUGGCAAAACCAUUUCUAGAAUCUCUAAUACUGUCAGAAUCGGCACAAAAAUUUGCUUUUGCGAAAGAAAUACUACAGUCUCAAACCAUGGAGGGAGUUAUCAAUCCAUCGUUCACUGCAGGCUUCGUCAUUAUGAUGUAUUCAGCAUGUAGAUAUCUCAAUCGUAGUUUCAAACUUCUGCAUCAACCUGUCUUGGCCAGGUUUACCGCUCAUGGCAUGCUUGGAGUAAUGGUCGCAUCUUUGUGGCAUUUACAAAGAGAUUUGUUAAGUUCUUAUUAUGAUCAAGUGCAUGAUGCUCAAAUCUCAGAUCUCGGCCAGGAAUAUGUCGAGGGCGGUCUUGAGUACUGUGAUAAGAUGAUAACAAGGUAUAAAGCAGCAUGGCAGUUCUUAGGUUAUGAAGAUGAGAAGGCAACCGAUUCUCUUCCGAUGCAAUGGAAAUUAAGUCCCUUCAACUUCAGACUGUCAACAAGGCAGAGGAAAGAAUAUUUUGAAACAAAGUUUCACAAACUUGUGCAAGAACAAGAAAUGAUGUAGAUAAAAAAGAACCCAUAGACUAGUGCUAUAUGUAUUGACUUGUUUAAAUUGUCAUAAAGGAUGAAAUUCUUUGUUAAUCGCUUUUCUCUAUAACUAAGUGUGAGCUAUAAAUAUACAUAAGUUUGUUCAAAUAGUUACUUUCCAACUUCUUAAAAAGAUGCAACCCUGUACUAGACUCCAGAAAAGACAAUAAACUGUACAACGUUGAA